AUGGAAGAAUAUGCAAGAGAACCUUGCCCUUGGCGUAUAAUAGACGACUGUGGUGGUGCAUUUACAAUGGGUGCCAUUGGUGGUGCAGUAUUUCAAAGUGUUAAGGGUUUUCGUAAUGCACCUAGUGGAAUCAACAAAAGACUUCUAGGAAGUUUAAUGGCUAUUAAACAAAGGUCCCCAAUUAUUGCUGGAAAUUUUGCAUUAUGGGGUGGUAUGUUUUCCACGAUAGAUUGCACAUUGGUUCACCUUAGGAAAAAGGAAGAUCCGUGGAACUCUAUUAUCAGUGGAGCUGCUACUGGUGGAAUACUAGCAGCAAGAAAUGGUUUACCAGCUAUGGCUGGUAGUGCUAUAAUUGGAGGAGUGUUAUUGGCUUUAAUAGAAGGUGUAGGAAUAUUUAUUACCCGUAUAUCUGCAGAACAAUUCAAACCUCACUCAUUUGCACAAGAUCCAAAUACUCUGGAGCAAGAAUCACACAGCCAAGCAUUGUAA